GUUAUAUAUGUCCCCAAAGAAGAAACUGACUCCAGUUCAGAAAUGUGUCAGUCCAUUAGUUUGGUGCAGGCAGGUAUUGGAUUACCCAAGUCCUGAUGUUGAAUGUGCUAAAAAGUCGCUGAUCCACAGGCUGGAACAGACAAUGUCGGCUCUGAAGAGACAGAGUUUGUACAGCAGCCCUUUCAGUGCAGUCAGUUACGCUGGCUCCUAUAGUCCAAAUACUAGUAGCCCCUACAGCAGUGGUUUCAAUUCUCCUUCCUCAACACCAGUGAAAUCUGCUUUAGUGAAACAGCUCAUACCUCCUGGUACCUCAGGUCAUCUUAAAAGUUCAGCAGAUAGAAAUCCUCCACUAAGUCCACAGUCCUCUCUGGACAGUGAAUUAAGUGCAUCAGAGAUGGAUGAAGACUCUAUUGGGUCUAAUUACAAGCUGAACGAUGUUACAGAUGUGCAAAUUUUAGCACGAAUGCAGGAAGAAA